AUCAGCAGACGAGUUCUAUAUGGUCCGCAUUGAUUGACGGGAGGGAGAGGAGAAUAGGAAAAGCCUGCACAGAAGCGGAGCCCCGUCGGGCUGCACCUCCGACGUGGGGAAUAUUCCCGCGUCACCCUCCCUUGUUUCCGACCGAACCGAUCCUAAUCGUGUUCCGAGGUGCAACGUAGACGCAGUUGCUUCCUCGUCAGACACGAGGAGACCUCCGAUUGGACUGCCGAGCGUUACGAUCUCGAGUGGUUGCUGCUGUCUCUCCUCCUCCUACCAUUCCCUCGCUCUCACGUUUUCACUGAUUCGUCGCCGGGAAUCCGUCGGUCUCAUCCUCCCACAACGCCUCCUUUUCCGCUAGUAUUUGCUUGUUUAUUGAUGUCAAGUCAACAGUCCUUAUCCUCUCCUCUUUCAAUUGGGUUUGUGUGUGUACUAUGCAUGUUGAUCUGAUCUAAAUCUCGAGUUUCGGCCUUGCUUUCUGCCGCUCUUCUUCGUUCCAUCAUCGAGAAAAAGGAGAUUGGCAAAAGAAUGAGACCCGGAAUCGGAAUCCAUGGCUUUUGACAAAGCAGUCUGUGCUUAAAGCUAACGAACGCAGCAGCGAAAGAGCAAAAGUUUUGGUUGGCAUGUGAGAUGGAGAACAUUUACCAACGCCGUCCACCACUGGCAGCAUCGCUGUUCGAGGCACCCGGAGGGGAAGGAGCUGGAGUUAUGCUGUCGAGAGACCCGAAGCCUCGGCUAAGGUGGACGCCCGACCUCCAUGACCGGUUCGUGGACGCUGUCACCAAGCUCGGCGGACCCGACAAAGCGACUCCAAAAUCAGUGCUAAGCUUGAUGGGCAUGAAGGGGUUGACGUUGUACCAUCUCAAGAGUCAUCUUCAGAAGUACAGACUUGGAAAGCAAACCAGAAGAGAGACAGAACAGGAAGCAAAGAAAAAAGGAAGCAAUUCAAGCAAGAUUAAUUGUUCCUCUACCACCAGCAAUUACGUUUCAAGAACAGACGGUGCCGGAGAAAUGCCCCUUGGAGAGGCGUUAUGCUAUCAGAUCGAAGUGCAGAGGAAACUGCAGGAGCAGCUGGAGGUACAGAAGAAAUUGCAAACCAGAAUCGAGGCUCAGGGGAAGUACUUGCAAGCAAUACUGGAGAAAGCUCAGAAGAGUCUUUGUUUCGACAAUAAUCGCUCGUCAGGCAGUUUGGAAGCCACCAGAGCCCAGCUUACGGAUUUCGACCUGCCACAAUCAGGCUUGAUGGAGAACGUCGGUCGGGUUUGCGAAGAGAAGCACUCGGAGCUGAGAGAAGUGCGGCCACAGGAGAACAUCAAGAAGAGGAACAAUUCAGGGUUUCAACUUUAUCAGGAAGGUAGAGAUGAGGCCGAGGACAGUUCUCUUCUUCUGCUGGAUUUGAAUGUGAAGGGAAGCAGCGGUGAGAUGGUUGGUGGAUCCAGAGGAAACGACUUGGAUCUCAGAAUCCAAACGCAGGGGUUGUAAACCAGCUUUUACUGUCGAUCUGCACUUGCAGACACAUCCGAUGCUGUCAUUGUGCGCAUCGAGUUGAUAUCGAGUCUAUGUUUCCUACAGCGUAAAUCUUUAUACUGCGGUUUGCUG